AUGGCCGAUUUCAUGAUGUCAUGGAGUGCGGAAUUGCAAAGAGAUGUGCAUAAUCAGCUCUUCAGAGCCAGCAUAAGUCAGCUCCAGCGCACCAUUGAUCCUAAGGCUGUCCCCUUCUGCACACCCAAAGAGCAAGUCUGCAAAUACAGGAGAUGCAGCAGCAGCAGCCCGGCGCCCUGCAGCCCACCCGAGAGCUGGGGGCGCCAGAGCACCGCCAGCUCCCUCGUGGGCUCCUCGCUGAGCGCCUUCGCGCUACUACCCUUGCAAGGGGACCGCGACGGGGACGGGGAUGGGGACGCGGAGGGCGCGAGCUGCAGCUGGCAGAGGCCGCCUGGGGAACGUGGCUCCCGGGAGAUCCCGCGGGGCGAGCUCGACCUGAGCUUGACCGACCUCCGCGGUGCCCCGGGCGGCUCGCGCUGGGCGCCCCGCGAGCUGGAGGAGCCCGAGGGCGCAGCGGCGGCGCGCACCGCCAGGGGGCAGGGUGGCCGCCUGCCCAGGACCGGCAGGUACGCGGCCCUGCGGCGCCGCAGCACCAGCGGGCUCCCGGACUACCGGGCGCCACCGUCCCCCGAGCCCCCACCCUCUCCGCGCAGCGCGGAGCUGGACUCGAGCCUUCUGGCCAAAGCUGCCUCCCCCUCCCCGCCCCUGCGGCUGGAGGACUCACCCCCAGCCAGGCCGGACUCGCCGAGCUCCCAGUCGAAUGACCCAUCCUGCUGCAAUAAGGGCUACACCCCGCUGCGGGAGGCUGGCACCUCUUUGGAGUCGGUUGUGGAAACAGUAGCCCGUGAAAGGCCAGACUGUGAGGCCGCCACGGCCCCGGGGGGGCAGCAGAGCCCCCCGGAGGAUCCCAGCCAAGGGUCACCACCCGCGGCCCGGCCACCUCAGCUGGUGCAGAGGCAGUUUACAAACAAGGAGAAACUCUUCAUGAUUUCCCGGUCUCACGCAAUAGGGGUAGAGGAUGGAGAACUGGAAAGUACUGGCAUUUAGGAAAAGAAGGAGCGAGAGGGGGCAAAAGAGUCAGAGAUUUGGGGAAAUGCCCAUUUGAAUCGGUGAAUUUAACAUUUCCCUAUUUCCUUGUGGACUUACCGGAGGAAAUCAUCCAAUACCCAAAGAGCUGCAGAAUGUUAUCCUUGAAUUGCGUUCACAAGAUUCCUGUAGAUAACUCCAAGCAAUUUUUUUUUAAAAGCAAACUAGUCUUUUAUGUCCGAUGGUGAUUGUAUGUUCCAUGAAAACCAAAUGUAUUAAAAGGUCAGCAAUCUAAUUCAUUAGAUAAAAUUCUCUUAAUUUUCUUAGGAUCAAAAUAAUAUAUUUUUUUGACAGUAACUGUGCACUUUACUCCAACUUUUUUCUCCCCCUCAUUUCCCUAACCCUGUUCUCUGCUGCUGGUUUUGUCCAUAGCUGCUUGUGAAUGACAAGCUUUCCUUCUCCUGUGCUUUUGUGGAGCAUAGAAGGGUUUGUCGAAGUUCUUUGAGAACUGACCUUACUAAAUGAAGUCAAAGCCAGAAGCAAAGAGUAUGUCAGGAAAGAGCACUUUCCUUGCCCUGCCCUACUCUGCUCCAACAGCUCAAAGGCCUCUUUAUUUUUUAAAAGGGUAUUUACAUUUUGCUACUAGGGGAUCUAAUGGAGGAGGGGAUGGGCAUCAUCUACAUGGAUUGUUACAUUCCUAAGUUCACUAUAUCAAGUUACACAAUACUUUAUUGAGUAUUAUCACACCUGUAUUGCAUAUA